AUGGAUGUUACAACGCAAAAAUCUCAGCAUAUUAUGUUGUCAUAUCAAUGGAACAGUGAAAAUUUAGUAUCAAAAAUAUUUUUUUAUUUAACAAAAAUUCAAUCAAUACCUAUUUGGAUGGAUAAACAUGGAGGAAUACAUGAUAGUCUUAGUACAAGUAUGGCUGAAGGUGUUGAAAAUUGUUGUGUAUUGGUUUGUUUUUUAACACCUAAAUAUCAAGAAUCGUUAAAUUGUAAAAAAGAAUUAAUGUAUGCUGUUCAACUUCAUAAACCAAUAAUUCCAUGUCUUAUUGGAACUGAUGGUAAAGGAGGAAAAUGGAAACCAUCACAAUGGUUAGGUCUUACAAUAGCUGAUAUGGUUUAUUUGAAUUUUACUAGUAUAAAUGAAAUAAAUUUUGAAAAUAAAUGUCAAGAAUUAAUUAAUAAAAUUUAUUCUGUUCUUGAAUUAAGACGAUCUGAAUCUCCUCAACCAACAACAAUUAUUGAAGAAGAAGAAGAAGAAGAAGAAGAAGAAGAAGAAGAAGAAGAAGAAGACAUGAACGAAGAAGAUUGUGAAAUAAGUUCUACAGAAAUAAUACGUGAAGGGCCUCAAAUAAACGAUAAAAUAUUCGAAAUAAUUCAAAAAAAAUAUUCAAGUGAAGGUGAUUCUGUUAUUCGUUUAAUUGAUCAAUCAAAAGAAAUUCAAUGCAAUCAAGAUAUAUAUGCUAAAAAUGGUCGAUUUAUGAAUUCAUUUACAUUUCCUCGUUUUAUUUUUCAUAAUACAAGUUCUGAAUCAAUAGGCAUUUUACAAUUAUCAGCUGAAUAUGAAGAUAUUUCUAAUAAGUGGAUUUCUUGUCAAUUGAUUACAAAUCAAGAUCAACAAUUAAUUAAUAUCGAUCCAAAUAAACUUAUUCUAUGUUUAAUAACAAUUCAAAUUCAAUUGAAUGGUUCACCAGGUAUUGAUAAUCAACAUCGUUGUCGAGCACAUCAUCUUUUACCUCAACCACUUAAACUUAAAAUUAAUAUUGAAGAUACACAAAUGAAACAUGCUAGUCUUAUUCUUGAACAGAUUAAUCAACCAUUGAAUUUACCAACAUUAGAAAAAUUAAUUGAUAAAUUAAAUCUGUCUCAAAAAAAUAUUCUUGGUUUUAUUUCAGCAGAUGAUUGUUCAAUUGAAAUUCGAUAUUUUGUUUUAAUCUAUUAUUCAAAUGAUAAAAAGUCUUGUAUUAUAUUUUCAUUUGGUUGUGAUUUUUCUAGUCUUCGUUCUCCAUCAUGGGAUAAAAAAUAUAUUAAAACACUAGAGAAACUAGCAAAACAAGAAAAGAAAUCGGAAUUAAUUGUUCAUGAAAAUGUAUUUGAUCCAUUUUUCUACUGUCAAGCAUUAUUUGAUCAUCAUUUUAGACUUCAAGCUAUUAGAGUUACGAUUAAAACCAAUACAUCAACAACGAUACAAAUAAUUCCAUUACCUAUUAAACAAAUUUUUACUGAACCUUAA